AUGACUUGCAUGUCACAGACUAGCACGCCAUUAACCUCAGCUUAUGGCAGGGCUGCUCCCUCUUUGCUCCUAGACGGUGAUACCUUUCGCUUCACCUACGUCCGGGUAUCCAAACACACUCCUGCUCUACCUCUCCCUUGGUCUCGGCCUCGACCUUUGAUCCCCCUCUCGCCGCUUUUAGAGCGCCUGAGCCUUAAUAUCCACCACCUAUUAAAGGGACAUCGAAACAGGGUAUCUAUCUAUCCCAUGCAUACCCAGGUUCCCUGA